UUUUUUUCAUCCGUCCUUGUUACUUAUAUAAGAGAAGCUAACGCCUUGGGUUAUCUGUUGUUGCUUCGACCUAAGUGUCUCAACAUUUGAGGCUGUGUCAAAUUGUUUGAGUGCAAAAUGCUUAUGGCAAACUAUGGUGUUGUGCUUUAUUUGGCUGCCGUAAUCCCACUGGUCUUUUCUCAGAUCUGUAGCGAAUCCCAAAAUGAUGACAUCAAGAAAGGCAUGGGAGAAUGUCAGCGAUACUUCAGCAAUAUAAGAGUUGAAAAUCCAAAUGAGAUUGUCAACGCUUGUAAAAACAUAGACUCUGGACUGUGUUGCGUGGAAAAGGUUUUCUCAGCAUGCCCUCAAUCGGUGUUAAGCCUUAUUUAUCGUCGCACAUCAAACAAGGCAUAUUACAGAGCGAUUUGCGACAAUCCAGAAGAUUGGUCUCGCAUUCACACAGUCCGCUGUGAUUACAACCUUGAUAACACAACAUGUUGGCCUGCAUUUGAAGCAUCAAGGAAAAGCAAUGCGGAUCCGUAUUACAACACUGAUCACACGCGAUAUAAAACAGGAUACUGCAAGGCUGCCAAUGAAUUUGUGACGUGUUUGGAAAACAACCCGCUCAAGCCUACUGCCAAUUGUCCGGAAGGCCUAUCCUCCCUUCUCACCGGCAUCAAAGUCGUAGAAUACAGCUUGUCGGAUUGCGGAAACGCCCAAAAGCAUCCAUUGUUCACGAAGUACGGUGGUCCAAUCAACUGUCAUUCUGAUGGUUCAAUGAAUCCUGGAGGUGCUAGCGUCAAGCGGAAUGGUCGAGCGAUGUGGGUCACCGUCUUGGUUUAUUACCCAGACUCUUCUUGGUAUCAUAGUUACCUGUCAAUCUAUGAUGGGACUAUAAAACAUUUGUUUGCAGUCAAGGCACGAUACAUAUUAAAUUGACGCGUUAACAGAUUUUUGCAUUUAUGCACAAUUAUCAUUAAAUUAUAUUAUACAAAUCGUAAAUAAUAAUGAAUAAUUUGUUUUAUCAGUUGUAUUAUAUUGCUUGUUUUUCUGACUUCUCAUAUAACGACAUCGCUAAUCAUAGCACAUAAUGAACAUAAUGUGUAUCACAUAUUAAGUUGUGUUGUUUUUUGUAAACUCUGCAAUUUUCUUAUACAAUGCAAUUCAGCACUUACUACUCAAUUUUCUUAUGUGCAAUAUUUUUAGGAUAAAUGAUAUACAUACUAAUCAUACUUAUUUUCAACAUUAAUUAAGUUUAUACUGUACACGCUAGUGUAAAUGUUUUGUUAUUUUACAAUACUUGAAUUAUAACACAAUUAUAAUGUUAUAUGAAUAUUUGUUGAAUGUCCGACAAUUAUAUAUAUGUACUCGUCAAAUAGCUGUACAAAAAUACUCUUUUUAUAAAUUUCAUAAUACUUAAUGAAAAGUUUUAUAUGAAUGUAUAUAAUAUUCUGCGUUUGUAUGUGAUAUUCUACGGAGUGAAUACAAUGUUGCACACAGAAAACCUGUCGACGUAUUGUAUUAAAAACAAAAAAAUAUAAA